CAAACACAAAUUAGGAAGGCCAAGACCCGAGAAACAGAGUUAAGAGAAAUGCCGAGAGCCAAUCAAAUCUUACGCAAUGGCCGCAAAGCUGUGGGGGAUCUCAACUUGCUUAUGGUCUUACGAUCUGAGAUAUCCCACGAACUCUCCAAUUCUUUUCAGGAUGAACAAAGCGGAUCUCUAGGAGAUUUUGUAAUGGAUUGGAAUUCAUCACAGUCACAGGAUGUUGUUUUGCGGCGAAAAGGGGAGUCUGGUGAAGAGGUUGCUGUUUCAGCUUUGUUGAGCCAGGGGUCACAUUAUAUGGAGGGUAUAUUUCCUAGGGAAGCUCUAAUGAAGGUUUGUGUAAAAAAGCCUGGAUUGAGCUCUAUUUUGCAGUUUCAUUGUGGAGUUUUCAAGAAAGGAGCUCAUAGGUCUGACUUCAACAUCCAUGGUGCUUAUCAUCUUCAAUCAAUGACCAUUCCUAGUUAUUCUGUCUACAGAGGCCCCUCAUUCAGCACUUUGGACCCUCAAGUACAAGAUGAACUUAAGAAGUGUCUUGUCAGCAGAGGGAUCGGAGAAGACCUAACCAAUUUCUUAGUCCUCACGCUACAUAAGAAAGAAGAAGCUCGAUAUUUAGAUUGGUUGCGGAAACUCAAAUCAUUUGUCGAGAAAGACGAGUGAGAUAGAUUAUAUUCGACAACAGCAGGUUGAAGUUAUACAUGCUUCCGCAUUUUUUUUUUUUUUUUGCAUCACUUUGGUAGUCGUAUGAUGUAGUGGAUCA